UCAUUGACCAGUUGUGUGACCUUGGCCAAGUAAGCUAAUUACUCUGAGCCUCGGUUUCCUUAACUGUAAAAUGUGGGAUAAUAAUGGUACCUUGCAGAGCCGCGGUAUUGUGCGGUGGGGAAGAGGGAUGGAUUUGUAAACCCUGGAGCGAGGUUCUGCCUACCUGAGGGCGCUACUGUACGGAGACCCUGGAUGAAGCCACCAUCACCAUGUCUGACCAGGAGGCAAAACCUUCAACUGAGGACUUGUGGGAUAAGAAGGUAGGAGAACACAUUAAACCGAAAGUCAUUGGACAGGAUAGCAGUGAGAUUCAGUUCAAAGUGAAAAUGACAACACACCUCAAUAAACUCAAAACAUCAUACUGCCAAAGACAGAGUGUUCCAAUGAAUUCACUCAGGUUUCUCUUUGAAGAUCAGAGAAGUGCUGAUAAUUACACUCCAAAAGAAAUUGGAAUGGAGGAAGAUGUGAUUGAAGUUUAUCAGGAACAAUGA